CAAAAAAGAGAAGACAAGCAAAAUAAAUGUGCUAUACGGUGAACGUAAUAAAUUUGUAUAAAAAACAGAGCUUGUAGAAUCUUGAGAAACUGAACCGUCCAAAACAAAGUUGUUGUAAAACUUUCAACUUUUCGCUCCCGAUUAGAACAUGGCUGCUACCGAUAUAACCGGCAAAUUUCAACUGACAUCCAGCCAAAACUUCGACGACUAUUUGAAAGCAGCCAAUGUGAGUUUUGUUUACAGAAAACUGGCGACGACUGUGGAAUCUGCCACCGUGGAAAUCAUUAAAACCGGGGGUGACGAGUACACCAUGAAAACCGUGACCGCGGUGAAAAGUCACGAACUGAAAUUCAAACUCAAUCAGGAAUUCACAGAGCAAACGAUGGACGGCAGAGCACUGCAGACCACCAUGAAAUUAGAGGGCAACAAAUUGAUACAAACACAAAAAGAUGCGAAGACCAACACUGAUUCCAUCAUUGAACGGGAAUUCAUGAAAGACGAAAUGGUCACUACGCUGAAGUGCAAAGGCGCGGUCAGUGUGAGGAAAUAUAAGCGAAUUUCAUAGAUUCAAAAAUUUGUGCUAUGCAUAUGUGCGUUCAUUGUCAACUUCAGGUCUGGCACAGUACAUGUCUCUAAAUUCUUUAUAACGCUUUUAUUCUUUUAGGGUGAUAUAAUACUUAAUUUUUGUCCAAAAUGGUUUGCAAAGACAAAGCGUGCAUCUUGUUAGCCAAAAUUUAUUAAAAGAAAAAACGCGUAUAAAAACUUUUUCA